AUGACAGACUUGCUACCUAUCCUGGCGCGCAUCCUAUCUAUAGGCCUAGGCCUGGUGGCAGCGAUAUCGUAUACCACACACCCCAGCUCCACAUCUAUAGCUAGCGUCAUGACAGACUUGCUACCUAUCCUGGUGCACAUCCUGCACAUCCUACGCCUCUCCUUUUACGCCAUUAGGGCCUCCGUGGCUGUCACGAUGGUGUUCCUCCUUUGGCUUCUCAUAAUGCGCCCAGCAAGAGCAAAUAUGCAUGUUUACCGAGGUAUUCGUGACGUCUGGAAGAAGCAUUAUGCUCAGAAGGAUCACCCGCACGCGAUUCUCUACAGAAUCUGCACCAAGGAAAUCCAGCUCGUUCCCCUUCGACCAAGUCGAUAUCGCCGAAGCGACGGCCUUGGCAUGCGCCUCAAUGAAAUCGACGUAGCACCCUAUCUCAGCGGCCCUGCUAACGAUGCAAAUAUCCACCGAAACCGCUUCAAUUUUGUCUUCCGUCCUUUCCCAUCACUGACAGAUAUAGGCGCUCUCGUGCCUAUCGACCCUUUGGACGAACGAACUCGUCCCUCCAUGCAUCCCGAUGACUACGCAGAGCACGUACCACGCCCGAAGAAAAAUAUGUUGUUCACUUUUCUCUUUGAGCCUGGGGACGUCGCCUAUGGAGUCAACUCCCUUAUGGUCGAUCGUAUGAGCAUCGAAGCUAAUGGAUUUCGCGCUUGGACCGGAUCGGUUUUGGUCGUCAAGACGCGGGGUCCAUUGUCGGACGAUCCUACCACCCCCUGGGGCGGCAAGGCGCUUGUAGAAAACGCUGUUGAAACCGACAUCCCCUUGGUGGAUAAUUGUAUCUUGAAGCUUUUUGACUUCAGGCCCGAAGUUCAGAACGAAGAUGAAGAGACAAACUUUGCCUUUUAG